CAAAUCGCCGCAUAUGAUGCUCUUUGUCCCAGAAGCCCAUUGUAUAGAGCAGAGGAAACCCUGUGCCGUGAGCAGCCAUCUUGGAUAGACAGAUCAUACUUGAGCCAGGAUAACCUGCAUAUUCCUCUUCUGAACAGCUCAAGAACACAAAGCUCAAAGGACUUGAUUUCUGAGCCACGAUGGCCACUGCACCGUACAACUACUCCUACAUUUUCAAAUACAUCAUUAUUGGGGACAUGGGGGUAGGGAAGUCAUGUUUGCUUCACCAGUUCACAGAAAAGAAAUUCAUGGCGGAUUGCCCCCAUACGAUUGGCGUGGAGUUUGGUACAAGGAUAAUUGAGGUGAGCGGCCAGAAGAUCAAGCUGCAGAUUUGGGACACGGCGGGACAAGAACGCUUCAGGGCCGUCACCCGCUCCUACUACCGCGGAGCCGCAGGAGCGCUCAUGGUCUACGACAUCACCAGGAGAAGCACGUACAACCAUCUGAGCAGCUGGCUGACCGACGCUAGAAACCUCACCAACCCCAAUACUGUGAUUAUUCUCAUAGGAAACAAAGCGGACCUGGAGGCCCAGCGGGAUGUCACGUAUGAGGAAGCGAAGCAGUUUGCUGAGGAGAACGGUCUGUUGUUUCUGGAAGCCAGUGCAAAAACAGGUGAAAACGUCGAGGACGCCUUCCUGGAAGCUGCUAAGAAGAUCUACCAGAAUAUCCAAGAUGGCAGCCUGGACCUGAACGCCGCCGAGUCGGGGGUCCAGCACAAGCCCUCGGCCCCUCAGGGCGGCCGGCUAACCAGCGAACCACAGCCCCAGAGGGAAGGCUGCGGAUGCUAAUGACCAAGCAAAACCCCCUUCAUCCUCCCUUCCUCUCUCUCGCUCCGUCUGUCCUGCCCGCCCUCCCUCAACCAUCCCCCCCCCCCGCAUCCAUUCCUCCACCUCCGUACGUCCAUCCACCCUCCUCCCUCGCUGCACCAGGAGCUGCAUGAGAGCAGAGCCGCGGAGGGAAGGAACGGGGGACGGAUAUCGACUUGGGCCAGACUGAGCUGAGCUGUGUGGACUACAUCUCUCUCCUCCUAAUCUCCCUCCUCUCUGCCUGUCUGUCUCCCUUUGUUGCUGUCUCAAUCCUCCUCUUUGUCAGUGUGUUGUCGUCCCAUAACUCUCCUCUUUCGCUCCUCUUGCACCAUUCAGUCUAGUCCCCCCCCACCCUUACACACACACACACACACACCAGUCAUAGUACCGUAGACGCCACCAUGCAUUACACGGGUUACUGACACUUUAGAUAGACGUAACGUUCAUACAAUAAUGAUAAACCGAGACUGUUUUUUAUGUUUGGUUUUAUAGCUAUAUAUGACAUGUAAACACAGCACUAAGUUUCAUCCACCACUUAUCAGUUCUGUAUGAAUCAAAUCUAAAUUAUACUCCCUAACUCCUGACGUCUCUCCUGCAUGGUUUACCAAUCAAGCAUUUUACCGAGACACACGGGUGUAAUUUCUCACUCGUGGCUAAGUUAUGGCAAUGAAGUAUCAUGCAGCCACACAGGCAGAGGCUCUUAACCGUGCGUCAAAGAAUGUGUAGCCUCCGAGUGAGCUUUUUCAGCAGGAUUCAAACCUGCUUGUGGCUUUUUAAUUCUGUAUCUGCUGCUCGGCACGAAAGAGUUCCUUUGCCAGAUGUGGCAACACUGAUAUUCUCAGGGGAGAGAGAGAGAAAAUAAUUUAGGAAUUACCCACAAAUUCCUUGCUAGUUAUUUCUCAGUCUCUCCUUUGAGAUAUCACAGGAAGGAAUAUUGGGUGUUUUCCAGCUUGUCUGUGUGUGUUUGUGAGUGUCUGUGUGUUAAGAAGUUGGAUGGGAGUUUCAUUUGACUUAAGAAAAAAGUUUCGUCUUGAUGGAAAGAUUAAUUCACAUCGGUUUCUUUGCACCAGCUCUCCCUCUCCUCACCCGUCCGACCUCCCCCCAAAAAAAACUCUCCCCCCAGGUCAUAUCAACAGAUUCUGUCUUUACCAGCAUUUUUCUUUGUCAUUGUUUGUUGCCUUAUUAUAAUUAAUGUUAUUAAUCUUUAUUGUAUUGCUGCACUUGCUCUUCACACUGCUGUCGGGACUCACCCCGAGUCAACGAAUCAACUCUUUUAGAUAAAUUAUUGCAUUUUACUGAAGAAUAACAAGUGGUAAAAAAAAAAUGCAAGUGGUGGCUCACGUGGUCAGAAUAUCUCAGCAGCAUGGUCUUAAAACUGUCAACACUCCUUUAUCUCAAAUGCUGCCCCGAAGAGCUGAUCUGUUGUUCAUUUGGGCGGUUGUUCCUCUGCCUUGUAUAAUACAACACCAAGCAGCAUGCCCCCCUCAAAACACAGUGAAAUUGUUGAAAUCCAAUUAUGUUUUUUUUUUUUGUUUUUUUCAAGUACAAUUUUUCUGUACCAUAGAGUGAUUCCCUAAUUGGACAGCUGUAUAUAUUGCUUCUUAACUAUUGGUGAUGACCUCGCUACUUGGGAUUUAGAAAUUUAUUUGCUGGCUCUGCCAAGAUCUGUACAGUUGAUGUGCUAGUGGGUUGCCUGUAAUUCAUGCUUGGGAAAUUCUGUAACAUAGUUUCUAUUAAUAAAUGUAUGUAAAGGACAGACACCUAAACACCCCCCCAACCACCCCGUCUGCACACUACUGAACCUGUCGAUUGGUUGAGGGGAGAGGAAGUGGAUUGAUAUGAGGUGCGAACUAGUAUUUAUGUCUGCAAACUCUGAUUCCUCUCAUUUCUGUAUGGAGUGGAGAUUGGGGAACUUUUAUGUUUAUAUUCUGUUUUUUUCUUUUUUCCACCCCAUCUUCGUUCCUCCACAUGGGAGGGGCCUGCAUCGCUGUCUUAACUUUUUGGGGAGUGGGGAUUGGUUUGUUAUUGUGGGAAGUUGGUGGGCUGGGUCUUCCUUUUCCUGUGUCCCACCUCUUUUGCAGUCUGAGUGACCACUUCCUGCUUUUGUCUGUCCACAAGUACAAAAAAAAGUACAUAUGUAUAAAUUUUUAAGGAGCUGUGCUAACAUUUAAAUGCGUUCUUGAGUGUAUAUGAUUUUAAAAUGUUGACAUUUUGAUUUUAAUGACAAAAUACUCUAGACAGAAAAAAUAAAUUAUACAUAACCUGUU